AUGAAGAUAAGACGGAUAGUUGAGCUGAUCAAGCGAUGCCAUGAUCAACCGAUUGUAUUUCACAGACUGUAUGGGCAUUUAGCACAUGUUCUCAAGAGUGUGGACUAUUUGCAUGAGAUGAACGACGAUUGGUCUCGGAUGGUGAUAUAUGGGGUGGUGCGGAGCAAGCAUAUGAAUCAAGGACUCGAAGGGAAGAUGAUGAUGUUUCUGAAAGGAAACCGGCCGCCUGUGGAGAGCAGUGAGGUGAGGCUGAGGAUAUGGAUUAUUCUGUAUUACAUGAGGAACAGAGCAGUAUGCCAGCUGAACCACAUGAUAGUGUUUGAGCUUGUGAGCAAUUUUCUGGGGAUGACGAGUUUUAUUGAUGGGCUUAUUAUAUCUGUGCUUGCGAUGGGAACAGCAGGGCCAAGCUUUGGAGUGACAGGGAACAAGAAGCUGAAGGAGGAAUGUGUUGGGCAUCUUCUUGAGGAGGUGAAGAAGAGAAGUCUGUCGCUUCUGAACAGGGCGAUGGCGAUUCCAUGCUAUUUGGGGCAUGAUAAGGAGCCGCCUCGAGUGAGUGAUGCUGAGAUGGAGGCGAAUUUAAUGAGUGUGGUGGUUCUUGAGCGGGUGUGCUUUUAUGCAAAGUUUGCCAAGGAUUCAAGGUUUGUUAAGCAGAUUGUGCCUGAAGAUUAUGCAUUUGUUGAGUCGCUCAGGAAGUACAUCAACAGGCAGUUUGUGAGAGGCAAUUUGAGGAGGGGAUGUGCGGUGUCUGAGUGUGUUGUUGAGAACACAGAUGUUUUUGAUGCUAUCCGGAGGGCAUAUGAAAAAGCAGCGGACAAGAAGCGAUUUGUAAGUAAGAUUGUUGAGCUUGCGACAGGAUUGGAUAAUGAGCAGUAA